GGGACCAGAUCGUGAGCGCCACGGUCUACUUUGACAACCUGCAGUCGGGGGAGGUGGCCCAGCUCCUCACCACCAUGGGGCACCACACGGUGGGCUUGCGCCUGCAGCGCCGAGGGGACAAGUCCCCAGGGCCGGGACAGACUUGGCCCCACGACGUGUUCAUGGGGGGCAGCAGCCCUGAGGUUGUGCUGAGUGGAGAUGAUGAGGAAUACAGGAGGAUCUACACCACGAAGAUCAAGCCGCGGCUCAAGUCGGAGGAGGUGCUGGAGGUGGAAGGUGCUGGGGUGCAGAGCAGCACCAUCACCGUCACCAAGAGGGUGACAGCCUACACCGUCGAUGUCACCCGCCACGACGGGGCCAAAGGCGUCGACGUCGUCGGAACAGACUUCAAGGUCCGCAUCCCGACCCAGGAGCUCAGCCAUGGCAUGGAAACCAACGUUGAUCCAGGGAAAGUCAUCAUGGAUGCUCCAGGCCCGGCGGCCGGACCUUGUGCCCCAAAACUGGGAAAAGCCGGGAUAACGGUGUCGGGAUCGAUGGAUGCUCCCGGUGGGGAAACUGGAAGCCCUAUUGUGGUGGAGGUGCCGGGAUAUGACGGCUCCGGCUCGCUGUCAGUGGGGUCCCCGGGCGGCUCCAUCCCCAUUGGACAAACGGGAUCCCUGGAUGCGGGUUUCCACGUCAAGGGGCCCCGGUUGGAUGGGAAAGGCCUCGGUUCCAGUGUGGAUGCUCAAGGGGAGCUGCCGGGGGGGAUGCUCUCAAAUGCUGCUGCUGCCCCUUGUGUGCAGGGGGGGAUCCAAGCUCCCGGUGUGGAAGUUUCCUUCCCAGCCAUGGAAAGCCCAGCUCUGGACGUGGGAAAAAUCCAGAUUCCUGUGUUGAAAAUGCCCAAAUUCGGGUUCCCGGUCUUGGGCUCCGAUGCUCCGGCACCAUCGGCUCCAUUCAUGGACGUCCCCUCCUCAUCCAUCCAAGUCACAGGACCUGAAAUCCCAGCUCCCUCCGUUGAAAUCCCAGCUCCCUCCAUUGAAAUCCCAUCCCCGCAGGUGGAUGUGGGGCUGAAGGGAGCAGUGAAAGUCCCCGGUGUGGAGCUCCCAGCAGCCCAUGUGGACAUUCCCGGUGCCAAAGGGAAGCUCCGGAUGCCAACCGUGAGCCUUCCCAAAGGUGCUGCUGUGGAAGCGGCGCUCCCGACGGUGGGACCAGCGGCACCUGAGGCUGAUGUCUGCAUUCCCGACGUGGCCAUGGAAGGGGAAUGGAAAGGCCCCAAGUUCAAGAAGGUGGAAACUCCUCAGAUCUCCCUCUCGGAUGUGAACCUGCAGCUGAAAGGCCCCCACGCAAAGGGCGAUGCCGGUGUCACCGUGCCCAGGGUGGAAGGAGAAGUCAAAGGACUCGGCCCCAAGGGUCUCAAGGUGGACGUGAAGGCUCCUGGUGUUGAGUUUGAAAGCCCAGAGGGGCUCCUGAAAGGCCCUGGUGUAUCCGCACCAGAGCUGGACCUCCAUGGGAAGGGCCCUAAGCUCAAAGGAGACCUGGAUGUUGCUGUCCCAAAGCUGGGUGCUGACUUGAAAGGACCCCAGCUCGACAUCGGCGGCCCCAAGGUGGGAAUGGCCAUUCCUGAUGUCAACGUUAAAGGCCCCAAAGUCGCGAUGCCGGAGGUGCACGUGAAGACCCCCCAUAUCUCCAUGCCUGACAUCGACCUCAACCUGAAAGGGCCCAAAGUGAAAGGAGACCACGAUGUUUCAGCCCCUAAACUGGAAGGGGAGCUCAAAGCCCCUGGGCUCGACAUCAAAGGCCCCAAGGUUGACAUUGAAGCCCCAGAUGUGGACGUUCACGGUCCUGAAGGCAAACUGAAGAUGCCCAAGCUGAAGAUGCCCAAGUUUGGGGUGAAGGGAGAGGUCCCCGAUGUGGCUGUGACCCUUCCCAAGGGAGAGGUGGACGUCUCUGGUCCCAGGGUUGACGUUGAUGUGCCCAAUGUGGACAUCAAAGGGCUAGAAGGAAAACUGAAGGGCCCCGAGGUGAAGAUGCCCGAGAUGCUCAUCACAGCCCCAAAGGUCUCGGUGCCAGACGUUGACCUGAACCUGAAGGGCCCCAAGGUGAAGGGUGGUGUGGAGGUCUCCAUCCCCACAGUAAGAGCUGAUCUGAAGGGUCCAGAACUAGAGCUCAAGGGCCCCGAGGUUGACAUUGAAGCCCCCGAUGUGGACAUUCAUGGUCCUGAAGGCAAACUGAAGAUGCCCAAGCUGAAGAUGCCCAAGUUUGGGGUGAAGGGAGAGGCCCCCGACGUUGAUGUGAUGCUCCCAAAGGGUAAAGUGGACAUCUCUGGCCCUGGCUUUGAUGUUGAUGUGCCCAGUGUGGACAUCAAAGGGCCAGAAGGGAAACUGAAAGGCCCCAAGGUGAAGAUGCCGGACGUGAGCUUCAAGACCCCCCAGAUCUCCAUGCCUGACAUCGACCUGAACCUGAAAGGGCCCAAAGUGAAGGGAGACCUCGAUGUUUCUGCCCCUAAACUGGAAGGGGAGCUCAAAGCCCCUGGGCUCGACAUCAAAGGCCCCAAGGUUGACAUUGAAGCCCCAGAUGUGGACAUUCAUGGUCCUGAAGGCAAACUGAAGAUGCCCAAGCUGAAGAUGCCCAAGUUUGGGGUGAAGGGAGAGGUCCCCGAUGUGGCUGUGACCCUUCCCAAGGGCGAGGUGGACAUUUCUGGUCCCAGGGUUGACAUUGAUGUGCCCAAUGUGGACAUCAAAGGGCCAGAAGGGAAAGGUCUCGCACUGAAAAUGCCCGAACUGAACAUCCAGACCCCCAAAUUGUCCACGCCAGAUGUAGAUCUCAGCUUGAAAGGCCCCAAAAUAGGCAUGGAAGGUCCCAAAGUGGAUGUUGAGAUGCCCGAGGUGGACUUGGAAUGCCCAGAAGGGAAAAUAAAAGGCCCCAAAUUCAAGAUGCCCAAGCUCAAUAUCAAGACGCCGAAGAUCUCGAUGCCCGAUGUGGAUUUGAACUUGAAGGGGCACAAAGUGAAAGGAGAGGUGGACGUUUCUCUUCCAAAGGUAGAAGGUGACUUGAAAGAACCUGGUGUUACCAUCAAGGGGCCCAAAGUAGAUGUGGAGGUGCCAGAUGUCAACCUGGAAGGUCCAGAAGCCAAACUGAAGAUGCCCAAAAUGAAACUGCCUCAAUUCCAUGUGUCUGGUCCGAAGAUUGAGGGACCUGAUGUGGACAUCAAUGUGCCAAAAGGAGAGAUAGAAGUUUCGGGACCAGAGGUAGAUCUUGAAGGGCCAGAGCUGGAUGUUGGAGGAGCAGAAGGUAAAUGGAAAGGCCCCAAGUUCAGGAUGCCGAAGCUGAAUAUCAAGACCCCCAAAAUCUCCAUGCCCGACGUAGAUUUGAACCUGAAGGGACCGAAGGUGAAAGGAGAGAUGGAUGUCGCAGCUCCGAAGCUAGAAGGUGAAUUGAAAGGUCCAGACGUAGACAUCAAGGGGCCGAAAGUCGAUGUUGAGGCACCCAACAUUGAUCUGGAGUGUCCUGAGGGGAAGCUGAAGGGCCCCAAGUUCAAGAUGCCCGAGAUGCACAUCAAGGCUCCAAAGAUCUCCAUGCCUGACGUUGACUUCAACCUGAAAGGACCCAGCAUGAAAGGGGACAUCGAAGUCUCAGCUCCCAAGCUUGAAGGUGACCUGAAGGCUCCCGACGUGGACAUCAAGGGCCCCAAAGUGGAUAUUGAGGCCCCAGACGUGAACAUUCAAGGCCCAGAAGGGAAGUUCAAGAUGCCCAAGUUCAAGAUGCCCAAGUUCGGGAUGCCGGGAUUCAAAGCGGAAGGUCCAGAGGUGGACGUGAACCUGCCAAAAGGAGAUGUUGAUGUUUCUGCCCCAAAGGUAGAUAUUGAGAUGCCAAGUGUGGACAUUGAAGGUCCAGAGGGGAAACUGAAAGGCCCCAAGUUCAAGAUGCCUGAGAUGCACAUCAAGGCUCCCAAGAUCUCCAUGCCUGACAUUGACUUGAACCUGAAAGGUCCCAAAGUGAAGGGAGAUGUGGACGUGUCUCUUCCCAAGGUAGAAGGUGAAUUGAAAGGCCCAGAAAUAGACAUCCAAGGUCCCAAAGUUGAUGUUGACCUUCCUGAUGUUGAACUGGAAGGUCCCGAGGGGAAGCUGAAAGGUCCUAAGUUCAAGAUGCCCGAGAUGCACAUCAAGGCUCCCAAGUUCUCCAUGCCUGAUGUUGACUUCAAUCUGAAGGGGCCCAAAGUGAAGGGUGAUGUGGAUGUGUCUGUUCCAAAGCUCGAGGGUGACAUAAAAUGUCCCGAUGUUGACAUCAAGGGCCCCAAAGUGGACAUUGAGGCCCCAGAUGUGAACAUUCAAGGCCCAGAAGGAAAGUUCAAGAUGCCCAAGUUCAAGAUGCCCAAGUUCGGGAUGCCGGGUUUCAAAGCGGAAGGUCCAGAGGUGGAUGUGAACCUGCCCACAGGAAGCCUGGAUGUUUCUGCUCCAAAGGUGGACAUUGAGGGUCCAGAGGUGGACAUUGAAGGUCCUGAGGGGAAAGUAAAAGGCCCCAAGUUCAAGAUGCCCGAGAUGCACAUCAAGGCUCCCAAGAUCUCCAUGCCUGACAUUGACCUGAACCUGAAGGGGCCCAAAGUGAAGGGAGAUGUGGACGUGUCUCUACCCAAGGUAGAAGGUGAAUUGAAAGGCCCAGAAUUGGAUAUCAAAGGUCCCAAAGUCGAUGUUGACCUUCCUGAUGUAGAGCUGGAAGGCCCCGAGGGGAAGCUGAAGGGCCCCAAGUUCAAGAUGCCCGAGAUGCACAUCAAGGCUCCCAAAAUCUCCAUGCCUGAUGUUGACUUCAAUCUGAAGGGGCCCAAGCUAAAGGGAGAUGUGGAUGUGUCUGUCCCAAAGCUCGAGGGUGACCUGAAUGCUCCUGAUGUGGACAUUAAGGGCCCCAAAGUGGACAUUGAGGCCCCAGACGUGAACAUUCAAGGGCCAGAAGGAAAGUUCAAGAUGCCCAAGUUCAAGAUGCCCAAGUUCGGGAUGCCAGGAUUCAAAGCGGAAGGUCCAGAGGUUGACGUGAACCUGCCCACAGGAAGCCUGGAUGUUUCUGCUCCAAAGGUGGACAUUGAAUGUCCAGAGGUGGACAUUGAAGGUCCGGAAGGGAAACUGAAAGGCCCCAAGUUUAAGAUGCCCGAGAUGCACAUCAAGGCUCCCAAGAUCUCCAUGCCUGACAUUGACUUGAACCUGAAGGGCCCCAAAGUGAAGGGAGAUGUUGAUGUUUCUCUUCCAAAGCUUGAAGGUGACCUGAAGGCUCCUGAUAUUGACAUCAAAGGCCCCAAAGUGGACAUUGAGGGUCCCGAUGUCAACGUUCAUGGCCCAGAAGGAAAGUUCAAGAUGCCCAAGUUCAAGAUGCCCAAGUUCGGGAUGCCGGGAUUCAAAGCGGAAGGUCCAGAGGUGGACGUGAACCUGCCAAAAGGAGAUGUUGAUGUUUCCGGCCCAAAGGUGGAUGUUGAGAUGCCAAGUGUGGACAUUGAAUGUCCAGAGGGGAAGCUGAAAGGGCCCAAGUUCAAGAUGCCUGAGAUGCACAUCAAGGCUCCCAAGAUCUCCAUGCCUGACAUUGACUUGAACCUGAAGGGCCCCAAGGUGAAGGGUGGUGCUGAUGUUUCUGUACCACCACUUGAAGGUGAAUUGAAGGGACCUGAUGUGAGUAUUAAAGGUCCGAAGUUGGAUGUGGAUGUUCCUGAUCUUGAUAUUGAAGGUCCUGAGGGAAAAUGGAAAGGGCCCAAGAUAAAGAUGCCCGAGAUGCACAUCAAGGCUCCCAAAUUUUCAAUGCCUGAUGUAGACCUCAACUUGAAAGGUCCCAAAGUGAAGGGUGAACUGGAUGUUUCUGCUCCCAAAAUUGAGGGGGACAUCAAAGGGCCAGAUCUGGAACUUAAGGGGCCCCAAGUGGACAUAGAUGUGCCUGACCUUGACAUUGAGUGUCCCGAGGGGAAGCUGAAGGGUCCCAAGUUCAAGAUGCCCGAGAUGCACAUUAAGGCUCCCAAGAUCUCGAUGCCGGACUUUGACCUGAACCUGAAAGGUCCCAAAGUGAAGGGGGACGUGGACGUGUCCGUGCCAAAGCUGGAGGGUGAUUUGCAAGGUCCAGAUAUUGACAUCAAAGGCCCUAAACUGGAUGUGAACGUUCCUGACAUUGACCUCGAGUGUCCAGAAGCAAAAAUUAAAGGCCCCAAGUUCAGGAUGCCUGAGAUGCACUUCAAGACCCCCAGGAUCUCCAUGCCUGACAUCGACCUCAACCUCAAAGGUCCCAAGCUAAAGGGAGACCUGGAUGUUUCUGCCCCCAAACUGGAGGGUGACCUGAAAGGCCCCGAUGUGGAUAUCAAAGGACCCAAACUGGACAUAGAAGCACCUGAUGUGGAUAUUGAGGUCCCAGAGGGGAAGCUGAAGGGUCCCAAGUUCAAGAUGCCAGAAAUGCAUUUCAAAGCCCCCAAGAUUUCAAUGCCAGACUUUGACCUGAACCUGAAAGGUCCCAAAGUGAAGGGGGACGUGGAUGUGUCUGUGCCAAAGCUGGAGGGUGAUUUGAAAGGUCCAGAUAUUGACAUCAAAGGCCCUAAACUGGACGUUGACCUUCCUGAUGUUGAACUGGAAGGUCCUGAAGGGAAACUAAAAGGCCCCAAGUUCAAGAUGCCCGAGAUGCACAUCAAGGCUCCCAAGAUCUCCAUGCCUGACAUUGACCUGAACCUGAAGGGCCCCAAAGUGAAGGGAGAUGUGGACGUGUCACUACCCAAGGUCGAGGGUGACUUGAAAGGCCCAGAACUGGAUGUCAAAGGUCCCAAAGUCAAUGUUGACCUUCCUGAUGUUGAACUAGAAUGUCCCGAGGGGAAGCUGAAAGGUCCCAAGUUCAAGAUGCCUGAGAUGCACAUCAAGGCACCCAAGAUCUCCAUGCCUGAUGUUGACUUCAACCUGAAGGGGCCCAAGCUAAAGGGAGAUGUGGAUGUGUCUGUUCCAAAGCUCGAGGGUGACCUAAAAUGUCCCGAUGUUGAUAUCAAGGGCCCCAAAGUGGACAUUGAGGCCCCAGAUGUGAACAUUCAAGGGCCAGAAGGAAAGUUCAAGAUGCCCAAGUUCAAGAUGCCCAAGUUCGGGAUGCCGGGCUUCAAAGCGGAAGGUCCAGAGGUGGACGUGAACCUCCCAAAGGGAGAAUUUGAUGUUUCUGCUCCAAAGGUGGAUGUUGAGAUGCCAAGUGUGGACAUUGAAGGUCCAGAGGGGAAGCUGAAGGGCCCCAAGUUCAAGAUGCCUGAGAUGCACAUUAAGGCUCCCAAGAUCUCCAUGCCUGACAUUGACUUGAACCUGAAAGGUCCCAAAGUGAAGGGAGAUGUGGACGUGUCUCUUCCCAAGGUCGAGGGUGAAUUGAAAGGCCCAGAAAUAGACAUCAAAGGUCCCAAAGUCAAUGUUGACCUUCCCGAUGUUGAACUGGAAGGCCCAGAGGGGAAGCUGAAGGGCCCCAAGUUGAAGAUGCCGGAGAUGCACAUCAAGGCACCCAAGAUCUCCAUGCCUGAUGUUGACUUCAACCUGAAGGGGCCCAAGCUAAAGGGAGAUGUGGAUGUGUCUGUCCCAAAGUUCGAGGGUGACCUGAAUGCUCCUGAUGUGGACAUUAAGGGCCCCAAAGUGGACAUUGAGGCCCCAGACGUGAACAUUCAAGGCCCAGAAGGAAAGUUCAAGAUGCCCAAGUUCAAGAUGCCCAAGUUCGGGAUGCCGGGCUUCAAAGCGGAAGGUCCAGAGGUGGACGUGAACCUCCCAAAGGGAGAUAUUGAUGUUUCUGGCCCAAAGGUAGAUAUUGAGAUGCCAAGUGUGGACAUUGAAGGUCCAGAGGGGAAGCUGAAAGGGCCCAAGUUCAAGAUGCCUGAGAUGCACAUUAAGGCUCCCAAGAUCUCCAUGCCUGACAUUGACUUGAACCUGAAAGGUCCCAAAGUGAAGGGAGAUGUGGACGUGUCUCUUCCCAAGGUAGAAGGUGAAUUGAAAGGCCCAGAAAUAGACAUCCAAGGUCCCAAAGUUGAUGUUGACCUUCCCGAUGUAGAGCUGGAAGGUCCUGAGGGGAAGCUGAAGGGCCCCAAGUUCAAGAUGCCCGAGAUGCACAUCAAGGCACCGAAAUUCUCCAUGCCCGAUGUUGACUUCAACCUGAAGGGGCCCAAGCUAAAGGGAGAUGUGGAUGUGUCUGUUCCAAAGCUCGAGGGUGACCUGAAGGCUCCUGAUGUGGACAUUAAGGGCCCCAAAGUGGACAUUGAGGCCCCAGACGUGAACAUUCAAGGGCCAGAAGGGAAGUUCAAGAUGCCCAAGUUCAAGAUGCCCAAGUUCGGGAUGCCGGGUUUCAAAGCGGAAGGUCCAGAGGUGGACGUGAACCUGCCCACAGGAAGCCUGGAUGUUUCUGCUCCAAAGGUGGACCUUGAAGGUCCAGAGGCGGACAUUGAGGGUCCUGAGGGGAAGCUGAAGGGCCCCAAGUUCAAGAUGCCCGAGAUGCACAUCAAGGCUCCCAAGAUCUCCAUGCCUGACAUUGACUUGAAUCUGAAGGGCCCCAAAGUGAAGGGAGAUGUGGACGUGUCUCUUCCCAAGUUGGAAGGUGACUUAAAGGGCCCUGAAAUAGAUAUCCAAGCUCCCAAAGUCGAUAUUGACCUUCCUGAUGUAGAACUGGAAGGUCCCGAGGGGAAGCUGAAAGGCCCCAAGUUCAAGAUGCCCGAGAUGCACAUCAAGGCUCCCAAAAUCUCCAUGCCUGAUGUUGACUUCAAUCUGAAGGGGCCCAAGCUAAAGGGAGAUGUGGAUGUGUCUGUUCCAAAGCUCGAGGGUGACCUGAAUGCUCCUGAUGUAGACAUCAAAGGCCCCAAAGUGGACAUUGAGGCCCCAGACAUGAACAUUCAAGGGCCAGAAGGGAAGUUCAAGAUGCCCAAGUUCAAGAUGCCCAAGUUCGGGAUGCCGGGAUUCAAAGCGGAAGGUCCAGAGGUGGACGUGAACCUGCCCACAGGAAGCCUGGAUGUUUCUGCUCCAAAUGUGGACAUUGAAGGUCCAGAGGUGGACAUUGAGGGUCCUGACGGGAAACUGAAAGGCCCCAAGUUCAAGAUGCCCGAGAUGCACAUCAAGGCUCCCAAGAUCUCCAUGCCUGAUGUGGACUUCAAUCUGAAGGGCCCUAAGCUGAAGGGAGAUGUGGACGUGUCUCUUCCCAAGGUAGAAGGUGAAUUGAAAGGUCCAGAACUGGAUAUCAAAGGUCCCAAAGUCAAUGUUGACCUUCCUGAUGUUGAACUGGAAGGCCCAGAGGGGAAGUUGAAAGGCCCGAAGUUCAAGAUGCCCGAGAUGCACAUCAAGGCUCCCAAGUUCUCCAUGCCCGACGUUGACUUCAACCUCAAGGGGCCCAAAGUUAAGGGAGAUGUGGACGUGUCUCUCCCAAAGCUCGAGGGUGACCUGAAGGCUCCUGAUGUGGACAUCAAAGGCCCCAAAGUGGACAUUGAGGCCCCAGACGUGGACAUUCAUGGCCCUGAAGGUAAAAUUAAGAUGCCCAAGUUCAAGAUGCCCAAGUUUGGGUUGUCUGGGUUGAAAGGAGAAGGCCCAGAUCUUGAUGUCAACCUUCCUGAGGCCGAUGUUGCUAUUUCGGGUCCCAAGGUUGAUGUUUCUGUUCCUGACCUGGACAUUGAAGGGCCAGAAGGGAAACUGAAGGGCCCUAAAUUGAAGAAGCCUGAGAUUGGCUUCAAUGUUCCCAAAAUCUCCAUGCCCGACAUUGACUUACAUCUGAAAGGUCCCAAAGUGAAAGGGGACAUUGAUCCUUCUAUUCCCAAAGUAGAAGCUGAGCUGAAGAGUCCCAAGCUGGACAUCAAAGGGCCAGAGGUUGAGGUUGAGGGACCAAAGCUUGAUCUUGAAGGAAAAGGGAAAAAAUCCAGGUUUAAACUCCCCAAAUUUGGCUUUUCUGGCCCCAAAGUGCAAAGCCCUGAGGUGGACCUGAAAGUGAAGAAACCUGAGGUUGAGCUGUCCGGCCCGAAAGUUGAUGUUGCUGCUCCAGAGGUGGAUAUUCAGGCAAAAUCAAAGGGCUCCAAGUUCAAAAUGCCUUUUCUGACCAUUUCCUCACCCAAAGUCUCGAUGCCAGAUGUGGAGCUCAACCUAAAAGGGCAUAAAGUGAAAGGAGACUUGGAUGUUUCCAGCCCCAAGUUGGAAGGGGAACUGAAAGGGCCUGAUUUGGACAUCAAAGGCCCCAAAGUCAACAUCGAGGCACCUGAUGUGGAUGUUCAUGGACCAGAGGGAAAACUCAAGAUGCCCAAGUUCAAGAUGCCCAAGUUUGGGGUGUCAGGGUUUAAAGCAGAGGGGCCGGAGGUGGACCUCAGCAUUCCCAAAGCAGAGCUGGAUGUUUCAGGUCCCAAGCUGGAUAUGGAAGGUGCUGGCUUGGAGAUAGAAGGUCCAGAGGGGAAGCUGAAGGGCCCCCACUUGAAGAUGCCAGAAUUGAACAUCAAAGCACCCAAGAUCUCCAUGCCUGACAUUGACCUGAACCUGAAAGGUCCCAAAGUGAAGGGAGAUGUGGAUGUGUCUCUUCCUCAAGUGGAUCUGAAAGGCUCAGAUGUGACUGUGAAAGGACCCAAAGUGGAUGUCGAGGUUCCUGACCUUGACAUUGAAGGUCCCAAAGGCAAAUUGAAAGGCCCCAAGUUUAAAAUGCCUGAAAUGAACAUCAAAGGUCCCCAUAUUUCCAUGCCAGAUUUGGACUUGAAUUUGAAAGGUCCCAAGUCCAAAGGAGGGGUAGACAUCGACCUUUCCGUGCCAAAAAUGGAAGGGGACUUGAGUGUUCCAGACGUUAACAUCCAGGGACCAAAGGUUGACACUGAUGCUCCCGAGCUGGAUGUUGAAGGAAAACUGAAAGGUCCCAAGUUCAAGAUGCCCGAGAUGCACAUCAAGGCACCCAAGAUCUCCAUGCCUGAUGUUGACUUCAACCUCAAAGGUCCAAGCCUGAAAGGAGACGUAGAUAUUUCUGCUCCAAAGCUCGAGGGUGACCUGAAGGCUCCUGACAUCAGUAUUGGGGGCCCCAAGGUUGACAUUGAGGUGCCAGAUGUGGACGUUCAAGGCCCAGAAGGAAAGUUCAAGAUGCCCAAGUUCAAGAUGCCCAAGUUCGGGAUGCCGGGGUUCAAAGCGGAAGGUCCAGAGGUGGACGUGAACCUGCCCACAGGAAGCCUGGAUGUUUCUGCUCCAAAGGUGGACAUUGAAGGUCCAGAGUUGGACAUUGAAGGUCCUGAGGGGAAACUGAAAGGCCCCAAGUUCAAGAUGCCCGAGAUGCACAUCAAGGCUCCCAAGAUCUCCAUGCCUGACAUUGACUUGAACCUGAAGGGCCCCAAAGUGAAGGGAGAUGUGGACGUGUCUCUCCCCAAGGUAGAAGGUGAAUUGAAAGGUCCGGAACUGGAUAUCAAAGGCCCCAAAGUGGACAUAGAUGUUCCUGAUGUGGACAUUGAAGGACCAGAAGGAAAACUGAAAGGCCCCAAACUGAAGAUGCCUGAGAUGCAUUUUAAGGCCCCCAAGAUCUCGAUGCCGGACUUUGACCUGAACCUGAAAGGCCCAAAAGUGAAGGGGGAUGUGGAUGUGUCUGUGCCGUGCGUGGAAGGUGACCUGAAAGGCCCCAAAGUGGAUGUUAAAGGUCCUGAGCUGGACAUUGGUGCCCCAGAUGUUCAAAUAGAGGGCCCAGAAGGGAAAUUGAAGGGUCCCAAGUUCAAGAUGCCCGAGAUGCAUUUCAAAGCCCCCAAGAUCUCCAUGCCGGACUUUGACCUGAACCUGAAAGGUCCCAAAGUGAAGGGGGAUGUGGAUGUGUCUGUGCCAAAGCUGGAGGGUGAUUUGAAAGGUCCAGAUAUUGACAUCAAAGGCCCUAAACUGGACGUUGACCUUCCUGAUGUUGAGCUGGAAGGUCCAGAGGGGAAGCUGAAGGGCCCCAAGUUCAAGAUGCCUGACAUGCACAUCAAGGCUCCCAAGAUCUCCAUGCCUGACAUUGACCUGAACCUGAAGGGGCCCAAAGUGAAGGGAGAUGUGGACGUGUCACUACCCAAGGUAGAAGGUGAAUUGAAAGGUCCAGAUCUGGAUAUCAGAGGUCCCAAAGUCAAUGUUGACCUUCCUGAUGUUGAACUGGAAGGUCCCGAGGGGAAGCUGAAAGGCCCCAAGUUCAAGAUGCCUGAGAUGCACAUCAAGGCACCCAAGAUCUCCAUGCCUGAUGUUGACUUCAACCUUAAGGGGCCCAAGAUAAAGGGAGAUGUGGACGUUUCACUUCCCAAGCUUGAAGGUGAUCUGAAUGCUCCUGAUGUGGACAUCAAGGGCCCCAAAGUGGACAUUGAGGCCCCAGAUGUGAACAUUCAAGGCCCAGAAGGAAAGUUCAAGAUGCCCAAGUUCAAGAUGCCCAAGUUUGGGAUGCCGGGAUUCAAAGCGGAAGGUCCAGAGGUGGACGUGAACCUCCCAAAAGGAGAUGUUGAUGUUUCUGCCCCAAAGGUAGAUAUUGAGAUGCCAAGUGUGGACAUUGAAGGUCCAGAGGGGAAGCUGAAAGGGCCCAAGUUCAAGAUGCCCGAGAUGCACAUCAAGGCUCCCAAGAUCUCCAUGCCUGACAUUGACUUGAACCUGAAAGGUCCCAAAGUGAAGGGAGAUGUGGACGUGUCUCUACCCAAGGUAGAAGGUGAAUUGAAAGGCCCAGAAAUAGACAUCAAAGGUCCCAAAGUCAAUGUUGACCUUCCCGAUGUAGAGCUGGAAGGCCCAGAGGGGAAGCUGAAGGGCCCCAAGUUCAAGAUGCCCGAGAUGCACAUCAAGGCUCCCAAGUUCUCCAUGCCCGAUGUUGACUUCAACCUGAAGGGGCCCAAGCUAAAGGGAGAUGUGGAUGUGUCUGUCCCGAAGCUCGAGGGUGACCUGAAGGCUCCUGAUGUGGACAUCAAAGGCCCCAAAGUGGACAUUGAGGCCCCAGACGUGAACAUUCAAGGCCCAGAAGGAAAGUUCAAGAUGCCCAAGUUCAAGAUGCCCAAGUUCGGGAUGCCGGGAUUCAAAGCAGAAGGUCCAGAGGUGGACGUGAACCUGCCCACAGGAAGCCUGGAUGUUUCUGCCCCAAAGGUGGACAUUGAAGGUCCAGAGUUGGACAUUGAAGGUCCUGAGGGGAAACUGAAAGGCCCCAAGUUCAAGAUGCCCGAGAUGCACAUCAAGGCUCCCAAGAUCUCCAUGCCUGACAUUGACUUGAAUCUGAAGGGCCCCAAAGUGAAAGGAGAUGUGGACGUGUCUGUGCCAGGAGUCGAGUGUGAACUGAAGGGUCCAGAGGUCAACAUUGGAGGCCCUAAAUUAGACAUCGAUGCCCCCAGUGUUGAUGUUGAAGGUCCAGAGGGGAAAUUCAAGCUGCCCAAGUUCAAGAUGCCCAAGUUCUCCAUGCCAGGCUUCAAAGGGGAGGGAGUGGAUGUGGAUGUGAACCUCCCCAAGGGAGACCUUGACCUCUCAGGCCCCAGCUUGGAUGUGGAGGCUCCUGAUGUCAGUGUGGAUGGAAAAGUCAAAGGUCCCAAAUUUACCAUGCCCGAAAUGCACAUUAAGGCUCCCAAGGUCUCCCUCCCUGACGUUGACUUCAACAUCAAAGGCCCCCAGCUGAAGGGAGGGGUGGAUGUCUCUGGCCCCAGGCUUGAAGGUGACUUGAAAGCCCCGCAGAUCGAUGUGAAAGCCCCCAAAAUCGACGUUGAGGUUCCUGAUGUGGCCAUUGAAGGUCCCGAGGGGAAGCUGAAGGGACCCAAGUUCAAGAUGCCUGAGAUGCACAUCAAGGCCCCCAAGUUCUCCAUGCCCGACGUUGACUUCAACCUGAAGGGCCCCAAAGUGAAGGGAGAUGUGGAUGUCUCUGCUCCAAAGCUGGAGGGGGAUUUGCAGUGUCCAGAAGUUGACAUCAAAGGCCCCAAGUUGGACAUUGAGGCACCUGAUGUGAACAUUGAGGGGCCGGAGGGGAAACUGAAAGGCCCCAAGUUCAAGAUGCCCGAGAUGCACAUCAAGGCUCCCCAUAUCUCCAUUCCUGACAUCGACCUCAACCUGAAAGGUCCAAAGCUUGAGGGAGGUCUCAAGGGACCUGAGAUCGACAUCAAGGGCCCCAAAGUAAAUAUUGAGGGUCCGGAGGUCAACGGGGAUGGCCUGGACGGCAAAAUGAAGCUGCCAAAAAUGAAGCUGCCCAAGUUUGGCCUGAAAGGAGAAGGUCCUGAUGUAGAUGUGAACCUGCCAAAGGCAGAGGUGGAUCUCUCAGGCCCCAAGGUUGAUAUCAGUGUCCCGGAUGUGAGCAUCGAAGGUCCAGAGGGCAAAGUGAAAGGCCCUAAACUGAAGAUGCCUGAAGUGCACAUGAACGUUCCCAAGAUCUCGAUGCCGGAGAUCGAUUUGAACUUGAAAGGCCACAAGACCAAGGGAGGCUUCGACAUCUCCACCCCAAAGCUCGAAGGGAACCUGAAAGGUCCCGACGUUGACAUCAAAGGUCCAGAGCUUGGGAUCAAAGGCCCUGAGGUUGAUGUUGAGUGUCCUGACCUGAGCAUUGAAGGCCUGGAGGCAAAUGUGAAGGUCCCCAAGUUGAAGAAGUCAAAGUUUGGGUUCGGGAUGAAGAGCCCAAAGGCAGAAGUCAAGGGCCCAGGGGCCGAUGUGGAUCUACCCGAGGCAGAGCUGAACGUGGAGGCACCGGACAUCAACCUCGCAGGCAAGGGCAAGAAGAGCAAGUUCAAGAUGCCCAAACUUCACAUGAGCGGCCCUAAAGUCAAAGGCAAGAAGGGGGGGUUCGACGUCAACGCGGCCGGGGGAGACCUCGACCUGGAUGUGACCGCAUCUGGUCUGGAUGCAGCAGCCAAAGGGGAGGUUACGGUGAAGUCCCCCAAAGGGAAGAAGCCGAUGUUUGGGAAAAUCUCCUUCCCCGAUGUGGAGUUUGACCUGAAAUCUCAUCGGUUCCGAGGAGACGCUUCCAUGGCAGCCCCCAAGAUUGAGGGGGAGCUCAAAGGGCCGGAGCUGGACGUGGCUGUGCCAGCGUUCAAAGGGGACCUGAAAGGUCCAAGUCUCAAUGUGGACCUUGAAGCUCCUGAUGUGAGCGUGAAGAAGCCCAAGUUCAACCUUCCCAGUGGGCAGAUGGGAGCGGGGGGGUUGAAAAUGGAAGGAGCCUCCAUUGACGUUGCGGUUCCCUCUGUGUCGGUGCCAGAUGUCGACUUCAAUGUGAAAGGACCAAAGGGUGAGGUUAAUGUUCCUGGAGCAGAACUGGAAGGUCCCGAAGGGAAACUGAAGUUGCCCAAGGUGGGGAAAAUGGGUCUUGAUCUGGGAAUGCCGGAUGUGAACCUGGAUCUGUCUGUCCCAGCAAUGGAAGGAAGCGUGAGCCUCCCUUCGGCUGAUGCCAGCCUCCGAGGGGUGGAUGUGAAGCUCCAAGGGCCCCAAAUCUCCGGCCCUGAGUUUGAUGCAAACCUGAAAGGACCAAAGCUAAAGGGAGAUGUGGACGCUUCGAGUUCCCUGGAAGGGCCCAAGGUCAGCCUGGAUGCGCCGGGAAUUGACCUGGGAGGCUUGGGAGGGAAACUGAAGCUGCCCAAGUUCAAGUCCCCAACGAUGGAGGGACCGGACCUGAAGGGAGGCAUCGAGUGCUCCAUGGAGGCAAAAGCCCCAGGGGCAAAUCUCAACCUGGGCACCGCAGGCAUCGAUAUCAGAGGGCCCUCAGUGGAUGUUUCAGCCCCGGAUCUGGAUGUGAACCUGAAAGGACCAAAGUUGAAAGGAGACUUGGACGUCCAAUGCCCCAAAGCAUCGGUGGACGCGUCUGACGCCGGCUUCGAGAUCCUGGGUGGCACCAUCAAGCUCCCAUCCCUCAAGCUCCCCCAGUUUGGGCUUUCCAGCCCCGGUGUGGAUGGAGCUGAUGUUGGCAUCAACCUUGAAGGUCCCCAGGUGAAAGGAGGCCUGAAGGGCUCCGGCGUUGGGCUGGAAGGACCCAACGUGGAAGUGAAAGGGCCUCACGUUUCCCUGCCAGAUGCUGACCUGAAGCUGAAAGGACCAAACCUGGAUGUCACCGGUGAGAUCAGAGCUCCAAAAGUCAGCGUGGAAGCACCUCAUGUGGGUAUCAAGGAGCCCAGUGCUAGCAUCCACGUGGAUGCUCCGGCCAUGGAUGCGUCUGCCCUGAAAGGAUCGGGGUCUGGGUUGAACGUCAACGUGAAAGGGCCAAAGCUCCACAUCAGCGGCUCAAAGGGAGGUCCCGGGGUCAGCGCGGGUGCCCCAGAGCCCAGUGUUGGCAAAGUUUCCUUCCCCAAGCUGCGGAUGCCCAAGUUUGUGUUUUCUGACCCGGAGGUGAAGGGCAGGGAGAUGGGGGUGGAUGUGGAGUUCCCCGAUGCCCACAUCCAGGCCGGCGCCGCGGAGCUGGAGCUCGAAGAUGCUGACGUCCGCCUGAAGAAAUCCAAGCUCAAGAUGCCCAAGUUCAACUUCUCCAAGCAGAAAGGGAAGAGCAGCGGGGCCCUGGGCUCCCCAGAGGCAUCAGGGUCCAGAGGGGACCUGAAGAGCUCCAAGGGCAGUUUGGGCUCAGCAGAAGGGGAGCUGGAUGGGGCCGAGGCGCCGUCGGCCAAGGCCAAGUUCUCCUUGUUCAAGAGCAGGAAGACGCGGCACCGAUCGUCGUCAUUCAGCGACGAGCGCUCGGCCCAUUCCCCGCCAUUGGGAGCGCUGGAGCUGGACGCCGGUGACAAAGGCAAAGCGGGCAGGAUGAAAUUCGGGACGUUCGGGGGCAUCGGCUCCAAAACCAAAGGCUCCUAUGAGGUGACCGGCAGCGACGAGGAGCUGCCCAAGGCGCCCGGCGUCGCCAAGAAGUCGCGGUUGUCAUCGUCCUCCAGCACCGACAGCGCGACCAAGGGUGGCUUCCGCGUGCCCGGCGUGGAGCUGACGGUGGCCAAGAGGAAGGAGCAGCCGGGCUGCACGUAGGGGCCGUUGUAUAUAGGGAGCCCCAUAUGGGUCUGUAGAUACGUUUUGUAGCUCGGGCUCCCCAUCCUUCUGUAACCCCAUAUCCCAACCCUACAAAGAGCCAAGCGGGAGCUUCGCCCGCACUCGGAAUGUCGGCUUGUGCAUGGAAUGCUGAGAGCUGUGCCGGCUAUUUUUGAUAUAACUCUUAUUCCUCCCCUCCCCCUUGUUUGACCGGAUAUUUUCAGUGUUUUGGGUCAUGGAAAUGGGAUUUUGGGUUUUUUUUUUGGUUCUUUUUCUUGCUCGGUGGGGGCUGAAGAAAUGGAGCUUUAAGAAAAGGCACCCUGGAACGGAGCCGCGGGGCCGAGCCGCGUGAUUCCCAUGGUUGGGAUGCACCAGGAUAUCGGAUAACGGGGAGGGAAAAGGACAAGCUGUGACCCGGUGGUGCAGGAAAACAACUCCAAAGGCUUUGACUCUUCACCCCCCCCUCCAUGCCCAAGGGCUGGUUUUGGGUUGGUUUAUGAGAUUUUCACUCGUCCUUCGUUGCCUUUAACGCAUUUGUGCCUUUCUUUGAUGAAAAGAGACAGAAAAAGAACCAAAACCCCCCAAAUCUCGUUGAACAGUUCUGGUUUGAGGGUCAAAACCGAAAAAUGCAGCAAUAAACAAACAAAAAA